AUGAAGGUCAUACUUGUUUUUGUCUUUCUUGCUGCGGUUACGGUAUGUCAAGGUAAGGAUUUUUUUUUGAAAUUUUAAAAUUUUAUUUUUAUUUCAAAUAUAACAUUUUAUGACAAAAAAAAUUUUAAAAAUGGUUUUUUGAAGCCAUAUUUGUAAUAACAAAAAAAUACGACAAUUUGUCAAAAUGGAAGUUGAGUGGAAGAUUUUCAGUGUAAAAUAUAUUAGAAAUCUUCCACCAAUCUUCCACUUUUUUAAAAAGUCAUAACUUUUUUUUAAAUUGAUUUAAGCUUAUAAAAUUUGGUAGAAAUGUAAAAAAUGGCACUAUAUUUAACUCUAAUUUAUAAAAAUUUUAAAUCCUGGAUUACAUAACUAUAAAAUGGCAGUUUUUAAAUUUUUAUCAAAAUUUUGAAAUUUUGAAUUUUUAUUUUUUAUAGCCCAAGAAUUGAUUAUGAAUCCAAUGCACUCGGAUGUGUAUAAUCAGUAUCCAUACAAUCCAAAUCAUCCUCAACAAACCACCCCUACCACUCCUACCACACCCACCACCCCUACUACACCCACCACCCCUACUACUCCUACCACUCCUACCACUCCUACCACACCUACCACCCCUACUACCCCUACUACACCUACCACUCCUACCACACCUACCACGCCAACAACCCCUACUACUCCUACCACACCCACCACUCCAACUACCCCCACUACCCCUACCACAGCCAGCUGUGUCGAUGGAGCCCUGAACUGUAAUGAUUAUAUUAGCGAAUGUAAAAGCUCAUCCAAGAUUCAAACCUACUGUAAACAUACGUGUGGACUAUGCUCACCCACCACCCCUGCCAGUAAGACAUUUUUUGAAAUUUUUAAAAUUGUUUUAACUUUUUGAAUGCACCGUGCAAAAGUAAGGCAUCUUUUACUGCACAGUGAAAUUUAGUAUUUAAAAAACUGAAAGACGAAAAGAUGUUUUUACCAUGUCAUUUUACUCAUAAUAGAGCUUCAUUUUUUAAAUUUUCAUAUUUUACAGCUCUGUACUUUUAAAGUUGCGGCUAUUUGAAAUUUUAAUUACGAACGCUUGCACUGUGCAAGAACUGACUAGGUUUCAUUGCACAGUGCAUAUUUAAUGUUCACAAACUAAAAUCCGAAAAAACAUUUUUGCCGUAUUAUUCUACAUUGAAUAAAGCUUCAUGUUUCAAUGUUUCAGGUUUUAUAGACUUGCACUUUUAAAGUUACAGCCAUUUGGAAUUUACAUUAUUAUCGUUUACACGGUGCAAACAUAAGACUAAAAUCAGAAACAUUGGUUUCGGAAUAUUAUAUCGUGGUCAAAAAGAUGUCAUUCUUUUUAUACUUUUAGCUUAUAUUUAAGGUUUUUAAAAAUUUUUUGAUCAAUUACUUGAUUGCAGCCUGCGUGGACGGAGCCACGAACUGCGCCCAGUUCUUGGAACGUUGUGGAUCGGCCGAAAUGAACGAAUAUUGCAAAAAGAGUUGUCAAGUGUGUUAA